GUGGGAUACGAGCCUCUUCCUCCAAAAGUAGGACGGAAUAUUUUUGGGCGGCAAGUGUGUCAGCUUCCAGGUCUCUUCAGUUACGCUCAUCACAUUGCGAGCAUCGAUGGGAAGCGCGGGCUGUUCACCGGCUUAACGCCCAGACUGUGCUCGGGCGUCCUUGGAACUGUGGUCCACGGUAGAGUCUUACAGCAUUACCAGGAUGGUGACAAGCCCGAGGAGUCUGGACCUGGAAGUGUACAAAAAGAAGGCUCGCCUUCCUUUGACCAAGUUAUCAAAGAGACAACUCGAGAGAUGAUUGCUCGCUCCGCUGCUACCCUCAUCACGCACCCCUUCCACGUCAUCACUCUGAGAUCGAUGGUGCAGUUCAUAGGAAGAGAAUCCAAGUACUGCGGGCUCUGUGACUCUGUAGUGACCAUCUACCGAGAAGAGGGCAUCCUGGGAUUCUUCGCAGGUCUGAUUCCUCGCCUGCUGGGGGACAUCAUUUCUCUGUGGCUCUGUAACUCGCUGGCCUACCUCGUCAAUACCUACGCCCUGGACAGUGGGGUUUCCACCAUGAAUGAAAUGAAGAGUUAUUCCCAAGCUGUCACAGGAUUCUUCGCCAGCAUGCUCACCUACCCCUUCGUGCUUGUGUCCAACCUCAUGGCCGUCAACAACUGCGGGCUUGCUGGUGGGUGCCCCCCCUACUCCCCAGUCUACACGUCCUGGAUCCACUGCUGGUGCUCGCUGCAGAAGGAGGGAAACAUGAGCCGGGGAAACAGCUUGUUUUUCCGGAAGGUCCCCUUCGGGAAGACGUACUGCUGCGACCUGAGGAUGCUGAUCUGAAGAUGCGGGGCAGGGACAGUGACAUUUCUGCGGUCCCAGACGCACAGAAUGAUGGGAGAGAAUGUUGAUUUCUAUAUGGUGUGGCGCGCUUUUUUAAUAAUCACUUGAUCUUGGGAAACGGAGGCGGCGGGUGUCUACUUUUCUGUUGUCUGUCCUGCACGGCCCGGCCGCCGGCACCCGUAGUGACCCUGAGCUCACCAGGGUCGCACUCUCCCAUUUGCUCCAGGUUCGCACUCUACCUAAGCAGAGAAGACGCCAUGUUCCCCUGCAGGCCAGGCAGGCUGUGGUGGCUUGAGACUGGCUGUCACCGCUCCUGCCCUCUCCCUGGGGGCCUGACCGCCUCGUGCCCAGCCCAGACCUCCUGGCUCACAGGGACGCGCUGCUGAGGGACAUGUGUGCCCUGAGCGUGUCACCCACCGUAAAGGGAGGGACUUCCCUGCGGCGAGGGGCGGGUGAGCGCUGGAGCGGACACGCGGUGCGCGCCAUGUGCUGUCGCUCUGGCCUUCGGUCCCAAAGCUUUCGGUUUUGCUCCCUUUGUGUUAUCCCAAGAGGCAAGAGGUGCCUCCUGAGGGUGCCUCGGAAGGCGUUGGUCACCGCCUUGCUGGCGCGGCUGUGGCUGAAGUCCCCAGGGCCCAGGACAGCCCCGUCACACCCUCGGUCGGGUUAGCGGCUGGGGAGGUGGGGCCCGCGGCCGCAGCCAGGCCUGGAGAAGCCGCUCGGCAGUUCUGAGCGGCAGGAGUGCCCACAGCGCCACCACCGCAGGGUCAUUUCAUAUUCUAGGUGCAAGCUGUGCUGCUUUUAUUUUAAUAUAAAAAUGUUUUCAUUUCCUACUUUUUUCUCCCCAAAAAUCUUCCAGUAAAGCUGAUCUAG